CAUCAUCCCAACUACUUAUUCAUCUUCCUCCUCCUCCUUCAAACCAAAACAUUGUGCUUUUCUUCUUCCUGCCGCGCUCCCCACUCCUCCACCCAUUGACAAGCAGUGAGAGGCAGACCAUCUCCGCCCCACAAUUUCCGACGACCACACCACCACCAUCACAGCUCUGCCCCCGACCACCAGUCCCAGCCGGAGUGAUACCGGAGGAUUUCACGAACCCCAAGGACUACCUCAACUGCGAGACAAGUUAAAUGUCACCGACAGGCUCCAAUUUUUUCCCUCUUUGAGCAGCCAAGUUUGAUGCGGUGGAAGCGCCUCGAUCCGCGAUUCCACGCGCUUGGACGGCGAUUCUACUGUUCCCUGCCUCAUCCGACGCCGGAAGCGUGAACUGAGACGAAUAACUUUUCCUGAAGCGUAGAAACGUCCGAUUCCACGCGGGAGAACGCGAUUUUCGCUACCUUAAUUAUUACCCAAUCAUACCCUAACCUACAGCUCUACAAUCUGCGAUUCUAGGGUUCCUCUCCCGUUCUUGUGCUUAGGCUGCUCUGGUGCUGCGGGCGUUGCCUCUUUUGCCGCCGUCGCCCCCUCUCGUCAAUUUGCUUUUGGGCCGCCGUGGCGCCUCCUCUCGUGCAUGUGCUUCUGCUUUCCUCUGCUCCGGCGGCCUGCUUCUUCCUUCUGCUCCGCCGGUCUGCUCCGCCUCUUCUAAUUUUUGUUGUUGAUCAAUGUGAUGUUGCAUGUUAUUGUUGCCGCUGCUAUUUAUAAAAGUUUUUGUUAUUUAAAUCAAAUUACUGGCUUGGGCAUGAUCAUCGGAUGCCUAUAUAAACUAAUAUGAGUUUGAUAGUUUAACUACUGUUUGCAAUGAAUACACUAAAAUUUCACCAAAAUACUGUGUUUUGUUAGUGAAUGUGUAGAGGUAAGCAGGGCAUUAUAUUUCUUCUGGUUUCGGAUUUUGUGCUUUUUUAGGAGUAAAUAUCAAAUUCAUUUCUUCAAAUUAAAAAUUUAUUUUGGUUAUAAUGAUUUUUGCUGCAUUUUAACUACAAUUAUGGAGUUUUAUUGGGUUAAGACAUAUUGAGCAUAUAUUGAUGGGUGUUUAGUGUUUACAGAUUUUGAGCAGAUAAUGUGUUUAAAGAUGUUUAUCUUUAACCAACUUUGGUUGGUAGAGUAGUUAGCUCACUCACCUGCAUAAGUAAGGGUUGGGGGUUUUGACUCUCACCUUGUAUAUACAGCAAUCCAUUGGCAGCAUACCCCAAAUGAAGCUCAGAUCCUCAUGGGAAACAAAAGAAAAAACCAUGUCCAUCUUUUGAUCACUUUAAAUAGAAGAAGGAGAAGUUUGAUGUAUUAAUUCUGAGUUUCUUCUCCACUUUUUUCAUUGUUGGAAAAGUCCACAUUAGAGUUGCAUUGAAUGUUUACUUGGUUGAUACAUUCAAGUUGGACUUCAUUUGACAAUUAUGUUAGUUACAGCAGAGGCACUUUCAUUCAUCAUGCCUUUUUCAGUAUUUCUCUAUUACAGAUGCUUACAAUGGAGGCUUGGAUGUUUCUGAUGUCCUGUUGUAUGCAGUUGUCCUUCCAUCUACAAUGCUGCAGACCAGAUCUAUUACAUCUAUUCUCUAGAUAAUUGUAGCAGGGAGACCUUCCUUGAAAAGGAUGCUGAUUUAAGUCAAGAUGACCUUGGCAGAUGAAGGUGUUGCGUCUCGGAUCUGCACUUAGAAAACCCUUGCAUCCAAGGGUCAAGUGGUUAGUCACCAUCCUGCUGGUGGAUUUAUUUCAAUUUUAAUAAGGCUGUUUUCAUAUUGGAGCUGAUACCACGCUGUGAGUGAUCUUAGUAACUUUGGGAGGUGGUAAAAAGAUUGGUAAUGAAGAAGUUUAGUGGCUUAUUUGGUGCAAGAAGCAGAAAGCUUCGUAGGGUUUUCAAUGGCCUUUGUGCGGUGGUUGUGUUUUUCUUUUUUUACAACCGAGAAGAUAUUCUUCAUAACCCGCUUCUUAGGCAAUCUGCAAAUUUGGCAAAACACCACCUGCCUCCGAAUUCAAUAUCGAGAUAUAGGUAUUCUCACACUGGGGUUACUCACCGUAGAAUGGUUGAAAUUAGCCUCAAUAGUUCAAGUAUAAUUAGUGAGCCUUCAGACACAGAUUUGCCUGCAGCUACGCCAGGAAUGUGUAAUGGGUUGCGAAACCAUGCUGGUUAUGCCAACCAUUGUGAUUACCUAAAGGCCAAUCCGCAGUGUUCUUCUGAUGGAUAUCUUGAUUACCUGAGGUUUUUCUAUUGCACAUGUGGCAGUGUCAGAGUUCUUGGUUAUCUAGUAUUGGGCGUGUGGCUUGCUGCUUUGUUUUAUCUUUUAGGUAACACUGCGGCUGACUACUUUUGCCCUUCUCUUGAGCAUCUCUCAAGGCUCUUGAAAUUGCCCCCGACUGUGGCUGGGGUUGUGCUGCUUCCGCUUGGUAAUGGUGCACCUGAUGUGUUUUCCAGUAUAGCAUCCUUUGUGGGUACUGAAACAGGUGAAGUAGGUCUUAACAGCGUGUUAGGUGGAGCUCUAUUUGUUACCUGUGUUGUUGUUGGAGCUGUUUCUCUGUGUGUUUCAGAUAAGGAGAGUCAAGUUGAUCGCAGAUGCUUUAUAAGGGAUGUUAGUUUCUUUCUAAUCACUCUUAUCUCGCUGCUAGUGAUUUUGGUUGUAGGUAAGGUGAGCGUUGGAGCAGCCAUUGCUUUUGUGUCGAUUUAUGUUGUUUAUGCAUUCAUUGUUGCUGCCAAUGAGAUAUUACGUAAACAUGCACAUAGUUUGAAAUUGGAUGUUGUCACGCCGUUGCUUCCUGUCCAGGGAAGCAUCUUCUCUAUGGGAUCUGAAGAGGAUACUUCUGUCUAUAGCCCUUUCCUUGACUUAGACACUGAGAGUGAUCCACCCCGGUUACCUCCUUCCUUGCCUCAAUGGAUGUGGUCUUCAAACGUGGCAAUAUAUUCAAACCAGGCAAAUAAAAUUCAUAUGUUAGAUGAUGAAAGGCCUCCUUGGGGAUGGAGUGAUCAGCCCACUGAAAACAACAGGUCGUUCUCUGUUAUGAAACUUCUUUUGCUGCUGGAGGUGCCAUUGGCAAUUCCUAGACAGCUUACAAUUCCGAUGGUCAAUGAUGAAGUCUGGUCUAAGCCAUAUGCUGUGGCCUGUGCUACAUUGGCUCCCAUUCUCCUAGCCUUCUUGUGGAGCACACAAGAUAGUGUGAGUUCUUUGAGUGCAAUACUAUCUUAUUGUAUUAGUAUUGCAAUUGGAUGCACCCUUGGUAUUCUGGCAUAUAAAUAUACAAGGCCUGAUCAUCCACCACGUAGGUAUCUAAUUCCUUGGGUUCUUGGAGGAUUCCUCAUGAGCAUAGUGUGGUUCUACAUAAUUGCAAAUGAGCUUGUGGCUCUAUUGGUUGCAUUUGGUAUAAUUUUUGGAAUUAAUCCAUCCAUCCUUGGAUUAACCGUAUUAGCAUGGGGAAAUUCUAUGGGUGAUUUGAUGUCAAAUGUUGCAUUAGCAUUGGAUGGAGAAGACGGAGUUCAGAUAGCCGUAUCUGGGUGCUAUGCAGGUCCUAUGUUCAACACACUUGUUGGUUUGGGGAUCUCAUUGCUUCUCGGGGCAUGGUCAAAGAAACCUGCAUUGUUCGUGGUGCCGGAAGACAGUACCUUAUUUUACACACUGGGAUUUCUUAUCGCUGGACUGCUAUGGGCGCUUGUUGUUUUACCUCGCAACAAUAUGCAUCCUAAUCGAGUGCUAGGAAUUGGUCUCAUCGGCCUUUAUUUGGUGUUUCUUUCGUUCAGGGUGUGCACUUCCAUGGGCCUCAUAACAGUUGAUGGUUCAAGUUGAACUCUCACAUUUGAACGAUGUUGCCGCCAAUAUAGGUGGUUUGAGCAUCCCUUUGAGCCUUGAUGCAAUCUGCUAUGAUUUCUGUCCUGCAUCUGAUAGGGCCCUCAAAACUUAAGGAAUAUAUAAAUUGGUAGUCAUAUGGCAGGAAUAAGUUGCAGCCCCAAUUGAAGGCCAUUGUUGUAUAUGGAAAACACUAUUAUGUAGUCAUCAGGCGAAUUAGAAGUAGGUAGAGUCUAUUUGCAUUUACUGGGAAAAAGAAAUGUACAUCAUUUAAUGGAACCGCGUACUGCACAGAAUAGAAUAAUAAUGACUCUGUUCGGGGCAUUUGGCA